AUGAGCGCCAACGGGCCUGCCCCAGACCCAGCCCCCGCAGCCCCAGAAGCCCCUCCAGCCUCGACCCCUGCUCCCGCUCCGGCCCCAGCCCCAGCCCCGGCGGCACCGCCUGCUCCUCCCGCCCCGCCUGCCCCGACAGCCUCUACCAUCCCGGUAGGUGCGUUGGCACAGAAGAAGCGGCAGCAGUAUGCCAAAAGCAAGAAGCAGGGCAGCAACGCCAACAGCAGGCCGCCGAGGGCUCUGUUCUGCCUGAACCUCAACAACCCCAUACGCAGGGCCUGCAUCAGCCUGGUGGAGUGGAAGCCAUUUGAUAUCUUUAUAUUAAUUGCUAUUUUUGCCAACUGUAUGGCCUUAGCUGUCUACGUCCCUUUUCCUGAAGAUGAUUCCAACUCCACCAACCACGACCUGGAAACAGUUGAGUAUGCCUUCCUCAUCAUUUUCACAAUCGAGACCUUUCUGAAGAUCAUCGCUUAUGGUUUGGUGAUGCACCAGAACGCGUACGUGAGAAACGGCUGGAACAUGCUGGAUUUCGUCAUCGUCGUGAUCGG